UCUCUCUCUCUCUCUCUUCCUUUUCUCUCUCUCUCUAGUUUCAGACUUUCAGUGCUGGCCCUGUUCUAACAUUCACCAUGGGUGCAGUACACCUCUGUCUUUUCCUCACUCUCUCUCUCAUUGCCAUUUCCACCAAAGCUCACAACAUCACAGACAUUCUCUCUCCUUUUCCAGACUACAGUCUCUUCAACAGCUACCUCACUCAAACGAGGCUCGCCGACGACAUCAACACCCGCCAGACCAUCACUAUCCUCGCUCUGAAUAACAGCGAAAUGUCAGCACUCGCAGCCAAGCACCCCCUCUCCGUCAUCAAGAAAGCCCUCGCCCUCCACGUCCUCCUCGACUACUACGACGGCCAGAAGCUCCACCAGAUCUCCAAAGGUACCACCCUCUCCACCACAUUGUUCCAAACUACCGGAAAUGCCCCUGGAAACCUAGGGUUGGUCAACAUCACCGACCUCAAAGGUGGCAAGGUCGGCUUCGGUUCGGCCGCUCCCGGUUCGGCUCUCGACUCCACUUACACCAAAUCGGUGAAGCAAGUGCCGUACAAUAUCUCGGUGAUCGAGAUCAGCAAGCCGAUCGUCGCGCCGGGAAUUUUGACGGCGGAUGCGCCGUCGGCUUCCGACGUGAACAUCACGGCGUUGUUGGAGAAGGCUGGGUGUAAGACGUUCGCGUCGUUGAUUAUAUCGACUGGUGUGAUCAAGGUGUAUCAGACGGCUUUGGAUAAAGGUCUGACAGUGUUUGCGCCGAACGAUGAGGCGUUCAAGGCUCCGGGAAUGCCAGAUCUGACCAAGCUCACGAACGCUGAGGUGAUCUCGCUCCUACAGUAUCAUGCAUUGGCGACUUACACGCCGAUUGGAACGUUGAAGGCGACGAAGGAUCCGAUUACUACGCUGGCGACUAACGGAGCCGGGAAGUUCGAUUUGUCUGUUUCCACCGCCGGUGAUUCCGUCACUCUCGACACCGGAGUUGACUCGUCCCGAGUCGCCGCCACCGUGAUUGACACGACGCCGCUAUGCAUUUUCACCGUCGAUAGUGUUCUUCUCCCAACCGAGUUGUUCGGGGAAUCGCCAUCUCCGGCACCGGCACCGACGCCAGAGCCUGUGACAUCGCCUGCGCCGGCUCUGGCCACUACUUCUCCGAGCCCUGCACAUGCGAAUGCUCCGUCCCCUGUGUUUUCUCCUCCAGCGCCGCCGAUGUCGACGCCGGAAAGAGCUCCGGCUGAGGGACCAGCAGCUGAGUCGGAGAACAGCACUUCGGAUAUUGCAGCCGGCGACGUAAAAGCUCCGGCAUUGUUGAAAACCGUAGUCACAGUGUCUGCGUCAGUUAUUGUUGCAGUUUUAUUGUCCUAGAUCGUAAUUUUAAUCAGGUUUGUUAAUUUGUUAAGUAGUACAUCCUACUUUUUUCUUCUUCGUUUUUUCUUUUUUCUUUUUUUCUCUUUUUUCGAGUUAUCGUUGUGUUUCUAUCGAUGACUGGCUUAGUAGGUUUUAAUUUUCAUUUUUUCAUUUUA